CCGCCAAUCCCUCCAUUCGCUUUCGCAGCCAAGCAGAAGCACCCAGCAGAAGAGGGCAGCAAAUUUAGUUGUGCGUAGUGGAUGAGAUUAUUUUCCCCGUGUGCAUCCAUCGGUCGAGUUGUCGCGUGCGUGCAGCAACCAAGUGUGUGAAGUGAUGCAUUAAGAGCGUGUGGUUGGGCCGCGCCACCAAGUCACCAGCAACACCAUCCAUUUGCGCCGUCUUCAAAGUAUUGAAACGACAGCAGCAACACCUCGUGACGACGGUGUGUGUGUGUGUGAGUGGUGGCGCUUCGUCCGGUCAUCCGGUCGGUCGGAAAAUAUGGUCGCGGCGGCAGCGGGACCGUAUUUCCUGUGCGCCUGACGAUUGAGCAUGUCAGCCGACGGUGGCGGUGCCAGGAGCAAAAUAAGGAAACGCAGACGACGAUGAUGAUGAUGGAGGAGCAAAUACGCCCGACGAACGCGCACUCGUUCGCCCCCUUGCCGUAAUAGUGCAUGUGUGAGAGUGUGUGUGUGGGAGUGUGAGUGUAUGGUGUUAUUUUUUUCAUCGCGCUCGAUCGGUGUGUGAUAUUUUAUUUCGUUCGUUUCGUUUCGGUUCAUCUUCAAUCCGUGCCCUUACCUUGUGACUGGUCGGUCCGCCAAUCCUCCCCCCUUCCCUUCCCUGCUUGCGUCAGGCCACUUUGUCGGCCACGGUCCAUUCCGUUUCCUUUCCCCAUCGCGGGUGGGCAAGAAAUAUCACCGGCCAAACACGAAUCGCUUGACCACAUCCCCGUGGCCGCUGUCGGGAGUGUCAAAUAGGCCCCGGCACGAACGAAGGAAAAUCCGAACAUCCCCGUCGUUAACGUACCAAAAGACGGCCGCCAUCAUAUCUGUUUUGACUGAUAUUUUCACUACCAUCACUGCUACUACUACUACUACCACUAUUGCCGUGGCCGCUGGCCAUUGCUGGUGCAGCAAGAAAUCGCAGCAGUGUUUUCAAAAUACCUCAACGGGCGCCGCACAGUGAUUUGUUGUUAUGAACGGUGCAAUAAAAUGCGUGAAGCAAGUAUGGUUCACCUUGUGAGUGCAUUCGGUGCCUGCUACUACUACGUGCGAGGGUAUCAGCAGAAACAGUGUAUCUCGUCGUCUGUUUGCUCGCGGUGUUGUUAUCACAAAGCAGGCCGCGCAUCGAGCCGCGAAUAAACGUGGAGCACACACACCGACUGCAUGCAGGCAGGGGGCACACACAUACAGGAUUAGGAUCGUGUGGUGCCAGAGUGUGUGGACCUUAUUCGAGAGCGUGUGAAACUAGGAAACGAAAAGAAGGAAAUGUGAAUACUCACAACUAGCUUAGCAACUCACCUUUUAUUAUACCCCGCGAGCGAACGGGCACCGCUGCAAAACCGGAAGUCGUAGGUCUGCGGCUUUUGCAUCGUAACGACCCCCCCUCCGCCAUCACUAGAACAACUGCAACUGAAGGAUUUCAUACAGCUCACAGAUACCUACAAACAUACAACACAAAAAAGCAAACUGCAGGGAGCUAAAUGCUGUGAAUUAUCGUGUUUGCCAACUACACAUCUCAACCCCAAAAGUCCCGCCACGGAACGAGGGGAAACGGUCGUAGAAAGCAGGCGAAAAAAUACACACACUCACUCAAAAACGAACCCAGGGAUCAUAUACAACGGAGUGUCUACAAAAUUGCAAAAUUGUGUGGGGGAAAAAUCUUCCCCGGCGAAAGGAGCAGCAGCAGUAGAAGAAUCAUCCUCAACGAAAGUACCAAAAAAGCUCAAGACACUAGCGUGAUGGGUAACUGCAUCGGAAUCAAUCGGAACGAUGAAACGCUGGACACUGGGUCGAACAACGUGUCCCGACCAGUGACGGGAACGACAUCCAGCUUUGUCGGUGUUCAGCGCAAAAAUCAUCCACUCUGUCACGAGACAAUACGCUGGAAAUCGGAAGUGCCAUUAACGGAGGGGCAGCUAAGAAGCAAACGGGACGAGUUCUGGGACACGGCGCCCGCCUUCGAGGGUCGGAAGGAGAUAUGGGACGCGUUGCGGGCAGCGACCAGUGCUGCCGAGGCGCUCGAUUUUCAGCUCGCUCAAGCAAUACUGGACGGGGCCAACAUAUCGGUCCCCAACGGAUACCUCACGGAGUGUUACGACGAACUUGGUUCGCAGUAUAAAUUACCAAUCUAUUGCCUAUCAUAUCCUGUCAACGUAGUUAAGGAAGACUACGGCUGUGACUCACCAGCCGAAUACUCGGAACCGGUUGACGGUGGUACGGAAGUGAUUCUAAAGCUUCGCCUAUCGUCGACGUGUACAGACGUUAAGCUACCAGUGUAUUCUAAAGACACAAUUGGGCAGUGUAAAAAGAAACUUCAGGCUCAGGAAGGAAUAGAUGCAUUUACUCAGCGAUGGUUCUACGGUGGCAAAUUGUUAGGUGAUAAAAUGCACAUCGAUGAGGCCCACAUACAGCCCGGUUACAUUGUGCAGGUUAUUGUAAAUACCGAGAAACAAUCGUCAUUAGCCAUCAGCUAGCCAACGGUGCCGUUAGUCAAACGUUUCUGGUACGCCACCAUCAACCAACCACGCUUACGGAAAAUGGGAGUUUCCGCGGCACGCUGCAACCGUCGGGCCGGUGUGCGCUGUACACUAAAACUGUCUAAAACUUACGCUGCUGAUUUGUAAUCGACGCCCGCCGCUACCCCGCUGUAGUAGUGGUUCGACCGAAUACAAUCCGGCUUUUACUUCUAUGAUUACACUCUAUCCCCUUCCCCCUUACCUUUGUUUAGCAAAACCAUUGUGAGGGAGAGGGCUGGAUGGGGUAGCAAAACAAAAGUAGAGUAGAGUAAAUGUUAUUUGCUAGAAAAUGCUACUGGUAAGAAGGCUCCUGCGCAAUUGAUCGAUGCUCUGUACACAUUUCGUUGAUACAUAUAUACUUACGCGCAAUAUAUCUACCUAACUUACUCAUAGAACCAAACCCAAACGGAUACCAUACUAAUCGAAACGAUACAAAUCCAACCAAGUUACAACGCAAUGCAUACGCUGUUAGGAUGAUUUUACGCGAAACACACCGUGCGUGUGCAAAACGCUUGCUAUCUCCUUUUCUCCUUGCUAGACAAGAUUCUGCUCUGCAACCAUAGCAGUACCAUGGCAGACACUCUAUAGCCCUCCCCCCCUCAGAUAGGAGAAAUCAGACAACAAAAUUUGUGAAUACAACUGUGUAGUAGUUUUGUAGCAGGGAAAGAUGUCUGCAAAUGUCUGUACAUUCAAGAGCACGUGGAUGGUAAGCCGCGAUGGUACAUUUGCAACUGUAUGGCGGGAGUGAUGAUGUGUGCUCUGCUGUUCGCGUGUCGGCACGGUGCAAACAUUUUUGCAACACUAAGGGGAAACUAAGUGCAACACAGAACACAAACUACUAAGCGCAAGUGCAACGCCCCACGUGUGCGUGUGCGCAUUAUGUAGCAGUGGAUGAUAAAUAUUGAUAUUAACAAGAUUUAAUUUAAGCGAACUGAUAGUUAUUACUUUUAACGAUAGGCUAUACAUAUACAUACACGAAUGAGCUAAACAAAAAUAAUAUAUUUGGAGAUAACAGAACAUAUUUAAUUUGAAA